CUGGCCUUCACUGAGGACGAUCUUUCCUACAGUCUUUGAACGCCUCGCCGCUCGCCACACUUCCGGGUGUGCAGGACGCGGGGAGGCCGCUGAUGAAGCUCUCUGUCCGGCUGAGGGCGUGAGGGAGAACCGCAGCCAUGGCCUCCGACAGCUGUCUGUUUGUGUGGUCUGAUCAGUGUGUCAUUGUGUGUCCCCUCUCCCUCCUCCCGCCAGUCACGCCAGAGGCCGUGGGCUUCCUGACGGCGGUGGGCGUGCUGGUGGCGGCGCUGGCCCUCCUCUUCCUCUUCAUCAACAAGAUGAUGUGCUUCUCCCGCGUGGGGGGGGUGCCGUGUCUGGAGCAGCAGAGCCGCAGCCGGAAAACACGCCAAGGCCUCGUCAAAAGCUUCGGCGGCGGCGACGGCGGCGCAGGCACGUCCUCGGACAGCGACAACGAGGUCAUGAAGCAGUUUGAGAUGUCGGUGUCACGCUCGCAGAGUUUGCGUGUGAGUCAGCCCAGAGGUGAGCAGCAGCAGCAGCAGCAGCAGCAGCAGCUUCGGCGGACGCUGAGCCGGAGAAAUCAGUUCUCCCGCUUGUCCAAACACGAGGAGGGCAGCACGGAGCCACGCGACUGUGAAGACGUCUUCCCGCCCGCCGUCAGGGAGGUUCCCGGCGAACAGAACCUCCCGUACUCGCCGGAACCCUCCGCGCCAGAGGAACCCUCCGCGGUCGAGACUUUGGCCGCCAUCCUGGAGAGUCCGGUGCGCGGGAUGAACCGGCAGAAUGUGCACGGCGCCGAGGACGCGGAGACUGGCCCGGGAAGGACGGACGCCGCUGACAGCUCCUCCACAUGGAGCCCCGAGCUAGAGCAGCCCGCCCACCACGACGUCAUGCCUCCGCCAUUAAGCUCCUCCCCUCGCUCGUCCUUCUCCAAAUGUUGCGACCUGCUGGUGUCGCUGGAAUACCGGCCGGCGGCGGAGAAGCUGCUGGCCACCGUGGUGGCGGCCCGCGACAUCCCGGACAAGGGUCGCAGCGGGAUGGACUCGUGGCAGGUCCACAUGGUCCUGCUGCCCUCCAAGAAGCAGCGCCGCAAGACCUCGGUGAGGCGGGGCUCGCCGCUCCGCUUCGACCAGACCUUCAGCUUCCUGCGCGUGGAGCCCUCGGACCUGCUCGCGUCGGCCCUCCGGUUCCGCAUGUACGCCAUGGAGGGCAGGAUGUCACGGGAGCGCAUGAUGGGGGAGAAGGUGCUGCGCCUGGCGGGGCUCAACCCGGCCGGCGGCACCUUGGAGACCAUGCUGGUCCUGGAGCCUCGCAGUAACAUCAAGAGCGUGGGCUCGCAGCUGAGCCUGGCGGGCGUGUCCCACAGCGACAGCGCCUCGUCCACGCAGUCGCUGACACACGGCGGCGUCCCCGAGCUGCUGGUGGGCCUGGCCUACAACGCCACCACGGGCCGCAUGUCGGUGGAGCUGAUCAAGGGAAGCCACUUCCGGAACCUGGCCGCCAACAGACCGCCAGACACGCUGGCUUGCCUGACGCUGCUCAACUCGGUGGCGGAGAUCUCGCGCUGCAAGACGUCGGUGCGCCGCGGCCAGCCCAACCCCGUCUACAAGGAGACCUUCGUCUUCCAGGUGGCGCUCUUCCAGCUGUCGGACGUGACGCUGAUGCUGUCCGUGUACAACCGCCGCAGCUUGAAGCGCAAGGAGAUGGUGGGCUGGGUGGCCCUGGGCCAGAACAGCAGCGGCGAGGAGGAGGAGCUCCACUGGCGCGACAUGAGGGACGGCCGAGGGCAGCAGGUGUGUCGCUGGCACGUCCUCUUAGAGGCGUGACGCCCCCUGCUGGCGUGGAUGUACUCUUAGGACACGGCCACUCGUCACUGCUGGGGGCAAAGAGAGUCGAUGACGAUGACGAGUCUUUGGGGCACCUGACCUUUUGAACCCCACUCGCCAUUCCACACCAUGUUCCAU